ACUAAAUUCAACUUAUGUCAAAUCUGGUAGAUCCCCUCAAAGUAGGAGCUUAUGGCGUAAAGAGGCCCUUGGAGGAAAAGCAAGACAAAAUCAAAGAGCUUGAGGCCAAUCAUAAGAGGUACUACCCCAUCGAUAACCAUGGCCAGCUAGAUGAAUGGGGUGCCGUUAUUAAAUACCAAGAAGAACAAUAUAAGAACGAAAUGGAAAAGAAACGCCUCGAACGGAAGCAACAUCAGCAACAAUACUUCGCCGAACUUUCGAAAGGAAUUGAGGAUAAAUAAGAGGCAUAAUAAUUUCGACAAAAUGGUUCAUGACAAUGAUGCCAGUGCAAUGCUCAAUAAACAGAGAGAGGUUCAACUCCUCCAAAGAGGAUUACAGGAACGCCAGAAUGAAGAUAAGGCCAUGCUUGGUCAGAUCUACCAAACCCAGAUAGACCAGAAGAAUAAAAGGCUUAAUAAUGAACUUCAGAUGGAAAAAGAACUUGAAAGAAUGCAAAUAGAGCGAGUCAAAGGCAUCGAUCCUGAUGCAUACAAUAGAAUGAGAAAAGAAGCCUACCAAAAGGAAGUCAGAGAAGACCUAGAACAGCGCAAGAAGAUGAAGCAAUAUGAAGAAUCCAUGCGAAUGAACUCUGUCAGAGAAUCCAAGAAGAUGAUAGACGAUUAUUCCAGAAAAGAGCUACAAAAUGAGCAAGAGUAUAAGAGGAAAUUUGCAAAAUUUGAUCAAGGAAUGAUCAAUCGUCAAAAGAACUAUAGUAAUUAUGUCAUAAAGCCAACUCUUGAAAAGCAAAGUAAACUUGACUUGAUCGAAAAUAAAAACGUUACCUUAUAUAACCAGAAAAGAGCAGAGAACGAGCUUGAGAGAGAAGCUUGGAGGAAGGCACAGCUUAUGAGUACAGUCACUGAGCAAAAGAACCAGAUGAGUGAGCAUCAUAAGAUGAAAGGACUUGAUAGCGAAUUUAGAAAACUUGAAACUCAAAAUACAUCAGCUAGGGUCAAUGAAAUAAACACAUUUGACCAGAUGUUGAAGGAAGAUAAGAAGAAAAGACAGAAUAUGUACAGAGAAAUGCUCUCUAACCAGAUUCAAUACAAUAAAAAUCUCAAAGCUAUGGGGAAUAUGACUUAUGUUGAGAAGAAGAUGAAUAGAGCUGAUCUCCGAGCAUAUAAGCAUUAUGGAGCCGUACCUAAAGAUGAAAAAGCAUCUUCCAAGAAAUCCCUAACUUAUGAAGAGCAACAAAGAAGGUUAGAUGCUUAUGGCUAUGGAAGGUACAUAAGUAAAGCUCCUUCUGUCAAUGUAAUCGAGAACUAUAAUGAUAGUGCAGCAUUUGGUAGAGGUUCUAAGAAUAUGCAAGGGCUCAAUAAGUCUUACACAGUUGAAGCUCAGCCAUAUCGAGAUACAACUAAGAAAAGAGAUCUUUCAGCAGCUCCUCGAUCUAGGAGACAUAUGAAUUCUUCAAGAGGUCUAGCAUCAGAAAGAUCAUUGAGGAAUGCAGGAGCGGUUUCUGUUUCACAAGAAAGAAAACCUGCUGGUAGUCCUAGCGGGAUCUAUCAAUACACAAAUCAAGUUUUGUAGCCUCUUUUAUUCAAUUUAACGA